ACUAUACAGCAAAUUUAAUUUUCCUUUUAGAUAAAAAUAGGGCGAGUUUUUAAUCCUUGACAACUAUGAGGCCAAAAUAAAAUUAUUGCUUGUAUGGAAUUGCCCGCCGCCUCAUUUGAAUACUCCCCGCUGAUAAAAUUUUAUCCGCAAAAAAUACACAACUUUAUUUGCUUUUUUUCGUGAUACAAUGUUUACAUAUUAGUUCGUUCGUCAAAAUAUUUUUUGGGCGAGGGGGUCGAUCAGUGAAAAAGAAAUAGUUCGUAAACAUUUCCUCUUUUUAUUGAAAUUUUUACUGAAGCAAACUUUUGAUUUGAAAUAAAAAAAACUAUAUCCAUCCUUGGUCUGAAUACCCAAUGCGGUAAUUCCACACAAACGAUUUUUUCAGGAUGGCCUGUCAGUAUUUCAAUUUACACCAUAUUAACCACAUAUAGCAUAUAUCCGAUUUGAUUUUUAAAUCAGUCUGCUCGUUUCUGGGCUGCAGUAUCUUUCCCAUGAGAAAUCGGCGUCUUCACUCUCUUUAUAAAGUUAUGAAGUAGAUACAAGCCAUGAUUCCACUCGGAAUUUUCUGCUUAUUGACUACAGUCUUCUGAAUUUUCCUCUUAAUUUUUUAUAUUGAUUUGCAAGUAUAAUUAUUAAACCUAUCAACAAUUUUCAAUUUAUGUAUUUUCAUACAGUUACACAAAAUUGGAGGGGUCAUUAGGUUUUUAGUUUUUAAAAUGGGUUUAUUAGAUACGCAAAUAUGAACAUUUGAGAAAAAAAGACGACUCGCAAAUAAGGGGUGGGGGCUUGGUUGACCGUAUGUAUCCGUAUUUUUUAAUGAGUUUGUAUUUUAGUAUAUUUCUUUAAAUUGCAUGUAACAUUAGAUGAAAUAAAUUGAAAAAGUAACGAUAUCCCUGCACUUAAAAGGAUGGUCAUUUUUUUACCACUCCGGUUUUUCCAAAAAUUACGCGAGAAGCCAUACCGGUAUAUUUUAGACGGGAAAUCAAAUGAUUCAAAUCACGUGUAUUCAGUUUAAUUUUUUAAAGUGAUAUGAUAUUGGUGCUCCAUUUUUUUGUAAUCUAUGGCGUACCGCUUCUAAAGUACAUAAAAUUACGCGCGAAAAUUACCUAAUAGACGGUACGACGUAAAAUCUUUAUGACGUCAUUAGGUAGACGUUUGUAAAAAUGCAAUGUGUGAAUACGAAAAGAUGAGUGGAGACUUUCGAGACUUUGAGGACAUAAAGUGUCUCUUAGCAGACAAGCCUAACAAAAUCAGUCUACUCGACGAAGAGACAGGAGGUAAACAUGGUACUGUUGACAGUGGUAUAGGAGAACGGUUAACAACAAGGGGGAAGCUGCUGAAGGAGAGGAGGAAGAUUGUGGAUGUUCAGGUUUUCAUGGCGUUGAUAGGAUUUGUAAUUAUGCUUGUAGAAAAUGAAUUAUUCUACGCAGGAUUCAUAACAAAACUCUCAACAAUGUCGAUUGUUCUAAAAUCUUUCGUGUCGAUAUCUACCGUCAUAUUGCUUAUUGCCGUUGUUUUGUACUACGUGACAGAAAUCAAAAUGCGCAUGACCGACAAUCAAAUUGAUGACUGGAGGUUACUUGUGGCAUUCCCAAACACGAACUUAAAACUGUUUCUUGAAAUGCUGAUCUGCAUUAUCCACCCCCUACCGUAUAAUGUGACCAUUCCAAUCAGCGGACCUGACGGGGAUACAGUCUACGUUUCACUUGACCCAGUGCUGUCUAUCCUUAUGAUAUUUCGUGUCUACCUUCUUGGCCGGGUGGCUGUUGUACACAACAAGCUACUCUCAGGUACAGCCACCCGUAGUUUAAGUGCAUUCAACAGAGUAGAUAUUGACGGCCUUUUCGUGUUCAAAGCAUUGAUGACGUCAAACCCAGGAAGUGUUUUGAUCGCCAUUAUGGUCUUCAUACUGCUGACCAACUCUUGGGCCAUGAGGAACUGUGAAACUUUUUACCAGUUUGAGAGGGAGAAUUCAAAUUUCUGGAAUUCAAUGUGGAUAAUAUCUAUCACUUUUCUGACCGUCGGCUAUGGAGACACGUACCCCGUCAGCGUCUGUGGACGUUGUGUAUCCGUGACGACCGGCAUGAUGGGGAUAGGCACUACUGCACUGUUAAUCACCGUCAUACUACAAAAACUAGAACAGACGCGUGCAGAAAAGUACGUCUACAGCUUCGUCAAGAAAGCCCAGUUGGAUAACGGAAGGAAAAUGGCCGCCGCUGACGUCAUCAAAAAUUGGUUCCAACUUUGUAACCUUCGCAGACGAUAUAGCGUUAUUACCCGUGAUCAGAUUCGUGUGCAUAGAAAGCUCCAGCAUGCCAUAUAUACCAUGCGAGAAGCGAGGAACAGGAGAGAUUCUAUAGGGGAGUCCACAAUUGGACUGAUCGAGAUCAGCAAAGCUAUAAGUGACGUGGAACAAAGGACGGAAUCGCUACAGACAGCUAUCAAGGAAAUUAAACCAGGACUUGUACAUAUGCAGAGGACCACCAGAGAUCUGCAACUCAUGAUAAACGACAUCUACAAAGUCCUGAUUAAAAAGUGACGCAAAAAA